AUGGAGGACCCUGAAGCCCGGCAGGGGCCGGAGGAGGAUGUGGUGGACUUGGUAGCGGAGGAGGAGGAGGAGCAGCAGCAGCAGGGCGGCGGCGGGUGGGCGGCGGCGGCACCGCGAGCGCGGUGGGCGGCAGCGGCAGCGGCGGCAGGACCCGCAGGGGGAGCGGCAGCAGCGGCGGGCCAGCAGGCAGCAGAGGAGGAGGAGCUGGCGGCGGACAUCAUGCGGGAGGCGGCCAGCGGCGUGCUGCUGCCCUUCCAGCGGGCAAUGGUGGAGGAGCUACUGGAAGAGGAUGGGCUGUGCGUGCUGAGCCCCGGCCUGGGCCUGCACCACGUGGUGGCGGUGCUGCUGCGCCUGCAAGACGCCCGCCUGCGCCAGCCGGGCCAGCGCGGCUGCGUGCUGGUGCUGGGGGCCUCGCCCUGGCAGCGUGACGCGCUGCGCCGCGAACUACUGCGCAUCGAUCCUGUCAUACGAGCCAAGGCGCAGGCGGUGGCGGCGGGCAGGGCGGCCUCUGCUGCCGGCGCUCGCGCGGCAGCCGCGUUUGAGGUGCCAGGCGAGGUGAGGGCGGAGGUGGCGGCGGCGGAGCGCCAGGCCCUCUACGCCUCCCGCUCCUGCCUAUUUGUGACCACCCGCAUCCUGGUGGUGGACCAGCUGAGCGGGCGCAUCUCGGGGGGGCAGGUGGCGGGCAUGGUGGUGCUGAAUGCGCACAGAGUGACGGACAGCAGCGGGGAGGGGUUUGCGGUACGGCUGUACAAGGCGGCGUGCCCGGAGGGCGUGGUGCGUGCCUUCUCAGACGUGCCCUCCAGCUUCUCCUCAGAGUUCAACAAGGUUGAGAAGGUGAUGAAGGCGCUGUAUGUGCGCCGCCUCUACCUGUGGCCCCGCUUCCAGGCGCAGGCACGCGAGGACCUGGAGGCGCGGCCGCCGCAGCUUGUGGAGCUGAGCCAGCCCAUGAGCUCCGCCAUGGGGCUGAUGUAUGAGGCCAUCACAGAGCUGAUGGAUGCGUGCGUGCGGGAGCUGCGCAAGACAAACAAGCUGGACACGAGUGACCUGACUGUGGAGCAGGGCCUGUUCCGCAGCUUUGACGAGGCCGUGCGGCGCCAGCUGGCGCCCAUUUGGCACACCGUGUCGCCCAAGACGCGCCAGAUUGUGGCAGACCUGCGCACGCUGCGCGGCCUGGCCUCCUACAUGCUGCGCUUUGAUGCCGUCACCUUCAUGUCGUACCUGGACAACCUGAGGGCCACCGAGGGGGUCAAGUCGGUGUGGCUGUUCCACUCGGCCGCCCACACCAUCUUUGAGGCAGCCAAGAGCAGGGUGUACCGCCUGAAGCAGGGCGGUACCGCGGCGGCGGCGGCGCAGCGCAAGCGCAAGGCGCCGCUCGGCGGCGGCGAGCCCGAUGCGGCGGCGGCGGCGGCAGCUAGCGGCGGUGGGGGCCCGGGGCCUGCCCCUGUGAUUGAGGCUGUGCUGGAGAGCAUGCCUAAGUGGGAUUUGCUGAGGGAGGUGAUGGAGGAGAUCCAGCAGGAGCGGCAGGCGGUGCUGCAGGGGGUAAUGCAGGGAGGCGACGGCGGCGCGCAGGGAGCAGCGCCAGGGGCAGCAGCAGCAGCAGCAGCAGCAGCAGCGGCAGGCGAUGGCGAGGAUGAGGUCAUCAUGCUGGAUGGGGCCGGGGAGGGGCCUAUGGAGCGGCAGGCUGCGCAGCCGGGCGUUGCGGCGGCGGCGGUGCGGCAGGCGGCGGCGGCCCCGGUGCUGGUGGUGUGCCAAGACACUUUCACCGCGGGGCAGCUGCGAGAGGUGCUGAAGAGCGGCGGGCCGGCGGCCCUCAUGCAGCGCCUGUACCGCGAUUACCUGCAGUACAAGCUGGACGGAGGCAGCGCAGGCGCCAAGCGCCGCACCACCGACGCGGCGGCAGCGGCCGCGGCGGGCGCGGGCCAGCCUGGCGCCUCUGCGGCGGUGGGCCCUGGCGGCGGCAGCGAGGUGCCGCCCUCUCUGCGCAUGAUGGGAGGGUACCGCCCGGGGGAGGAGAUUGCUCUGAUCAAGGAAGCAAAGUCACUGGCGGGCGGGGUGCCGGCAGCGGCGGCGGCUGCUGGCCGUGGCGGCAGGGGCGGCGGGCGCGGCGGGCGGGGGCGGGGCCGCAAGGGCGGCAGGGGCCAGGAGGCCGCAGCAGCGGCCGCAGCCCUCGCCGUCGCCUCCACCUCGGGGCGAGGCCACCUGGAGUCCCCUCCACCAGCCCCCGCACGGGGCCAGGCAGCUGCCGCCGACGAUGCCGACGCCGACGCCGACGCCAGCCCCCUGGGCGCAGCUGCCACGGAUGGCGCUGCGGCGCGGCAGCCGGGCGGGGAGGCCGGCCCGUGCCAGCAGGCGCAGCACCACCCUCUGCUUGACGGCGUGCGGUUUGUGGCGCUGGAGGCGCACGACGUGAUGGCGCUGUGGGAGGCUGCCCCCGGGUAUGUGGUGGUGUACGACCCGGAUGUCGCCUUCACCCGCCACCUGGAGCUGUACAAGGCGGCCAGGCCCGGCCAGCCCCUGUGCGUGUACCUGCUGCGGUACGAGGACAGCUUCGAGAUGGAUCGCUACCAGGCGGCGGUGGCGCGGGAGCGGCAGGUGUUUGAGUCGUUGAUCCGCAACAAGGAGAUAAUGAUUCUGCCCAUCGCAGCCGCCAGGGAGCAGGUGGACCCCGCGCGCCGCCUGCCCGCCACCCACCGCGACGAGGAGCUGCCACUGCUGGGCGGGGCCAGCAACGCGCUGACGCGGCGCGCGGGCGGACGCGCCCCCUCCCGCCCCGAUCCCAAGCGCGUGGUGGUGGAUGUGCGGGAGUUCAUGUCUAGCCUGCCCGCGGUGCUGCACCAGCAGGCGAGCGGGGCUGGGUGGGGGCUGGAGGUGGUGCCUCUUACCCUGGAGGUGGGCGACUACGUGCUGUCUCCCGAUAUCUGCGCCGAGCGCAAGUCGAUCUCCGACCUGCGCGCCUCGCUGGCCUCGGGGCGGCUGUACCACCAGGCGGAGGCGAUGACCAAGCACUACAAGACACCUGUACUGCUGAUAGAGUUCGAGGGGGACAAGGCCUUUGCGCUGCAGGCCUCCAGCGAGAUUGGGGACGAGGUGCAGCUGCACAGCCUGAUGGGGCGCAUCGCGCUGCUCGUCCUGCACUUCCCCCGCCUGCGCCUCAUCUGGUCGCGCUCCCUCCACGCCACCGCCGACAUCUUCCAGCAGCUCAAGGCCAACCAGGACGAGCCAGACCCGGUGACAGCUGCCACCGUGGGCGUGCCUGUGGAGGCAGAGGGCGCUGCGGCGGCCGGGGAGGCUGUCGUGAACCAGGCCGCCAUCGACCUGCUGCGCAGGCUUCCGGGCGUGACCGAGGCCAACUGGCGGUCGCUGAUGCGGGAGGUGGGCAGCCUGGCUGAGCUGGCGGAUGUGCCGGUGGACAGGCUGGCCACCAUCAUGGGCGGCCAGGCAGCUGCCAGGAAGCUGCACGAGUUCCUGUCCCAGGAGUGCAAGGCCCUCUUCUCGGCCCUGUAG